AUGGUCGGUAGUGUUGAACUUAUUCCAAUUGCUGAAGGUACUCGUAUCACUGUCAAAGAAAAUGAAAAAGUUAUUGUUGGUCGCGGUUCAUCAUUAGGCUGUAAUGAAAAGAAAAUUUCUCGUCAUCAUGCUGAAUUAUUAUUAAAAGACGAUGGUACUCUUUGGAUUACACCAACUCAUGCUAAUCCAGUUUUUUUUCGUCCAUUAAAUGGUAAAACUAUUCAAUUACAAAAAGAUAUUCAACGAGAAUUAAAAGAUGGUGAUCAAAUUGGUUUACUUCCGUCAACGUUUUUCUUUCGUGUAAGUUUUUCAACGGAUGUCAACAAUAACAACGAUAGGAAUGAUUCCGAUUCGGAUUCAUUAUAUGAAUGUAAGAAAGAAGAAGAAGAAGUAGAUGAUGAUAAUGACGUUAAACCAGCUCCUAUUCGUUCAAAAUCACCAGAUGAUUGGUCACCUACACAUGGAUAUCGUCGUUCAAUAAGUAAUCAAGAUGUAUCAGUUUUUGAUUUUGAUGAUGAUCUUAUUAUUCAACCAACUUCAACGCCACCUAAACGUACUCCAUUGGAGAAAAAAACUACAUCAGAUGUUGAACCAAAACCACGUAUUGUAACACCACCACCCAAACGUACUCCACUGGAGAAAAAAACUACAACAGAUGUUGAACCAAAAUCACGUAUUAUUACACCAAGUCCUACAAAAGCUAUCUCUCGGCCUACUGUACCUCGACCUACCAUUUCUCGUCCAUCUGUAGAAAGCGAAGAUGAACCUGAACCAAUGAACACAAAUGAUAAAAUACGUAAGCUACCUAAAUGGAUGGUAGCACCAACCCCCUCACCUGUAGUAAAACAAACUACUACAACACCAAAAUCAUCCUAUUCACGAAGUUCAUCAUAUACUGCUCCAACUAGUGCUAAACGACAUUUGAGUUUUGAAGGUGAAAGUAAUGAUGAUUUAAAUGAAUCAUCAAAUAUAUCAGAUAUUCGAUCACCUAUUGAAACAAAAUCUCCAGGAAAAGUAUUAAGUAAAAUACCUGCAGAAAGAAGUUUUGAUAGUGAUAGUGGAGAUGGUUUUGAUUCUGUUACGCCCAAAACACCACCACCACCAAAGAAAAUGAAGCCAGGUGGUAAACGUCGUCCAAUUUGUCAAUUUGGUGCAACGUGUUAUCGAAAAAAUCCUACUCAUCGUGCUGAACAUUCACAUCCAGGAGAUGAUGAUUAUGAUGAGUCAAAAAAAUUCAAUGAUAUGGAUGAUAUGGAUGAUAAUGAUGCUGAUAAACCUGAUUGUCCAUUUGGUAAAUCAUGUUAUCGACAAAAUCCUCAACAUAAACGUGACUUUAAACAUUAA